ACCAAGGUAAAGUAACACCUGAAGAUCCGUAGCGAAGCGAUUUGAGAUUUUUCCCAAAUUUAAAGCGAAGCAUUUGCCGCAGCUUCCAACCGUGAGCUAGUGCCGGAAAAUUAACGUACAGAAACAAAGAUAUGGUAGGCGGCGGAGCUGGCGGCGGCGGGAAAGAAGGCGACUGGGAGUGCGGAGGAUGCCACAAUCGGAACUAUGCCUUCCGAUCCUUCUGCAAUCGUUGCAAGCAGCCGCGGCUUCUCGUCGACACCAAAACCCCUGCCGACUCCAAGUGGCUUCCUCGGAUUGGCGAUUGGAUCUGCACCGGUUGCACUAACAACAAUUAUGCAUCAAGAGAAAAGUGCAAAAAGUGUGGCCAACCUAAGGAGCUAGCAGCAAUGCCGGCAGUUGCAAUCCCCGGAGCUUCUGUCCCUACUCAUCCAACUUAUUUUGCCAGGGCCCGAGGAGGAAUGGAACAAAUGUUGAAUGUUGGAUCUCUCCAUCCAUCAAUCUCUUUGAGCUCUGGUUGGUCUGUUGGAGGGACCAGUCAAUAUGGAAACCAGCCUAGUGAUCCUUAUGGACUUCAGUCAGCAUCUAAUUGGCCUUUGGGAGGUGGCAGCAUAUCUGGACUUUCAUAUUCUAGCCAAUCAAAUCAACUUUCACCAGCUCCUAAUGGUAAUGGAUGGCGUAGUGGUGAUUGGAUGUGUACUUGUGGCUUCCACAAUUAUUCCUCACGUUUACAGUGCAAAAAGUGCAAUGCCCCAGCACCAAUAUCAGCACCUGCAUCUUUAGUCAGCCCUGUAACAGCUCUUGGAACAAAACGCCUGGCGUCUGAAGAAUUUGUUCACAACUUCGAUAAUAAGAGACUGAAUGCUGGACAAGCAUAUGGGCUCCAGCAACCAAAUUCAGGGCUUGAAUCAUUCCAAAGUCCUGGUGGAAGUCAAAUGAACAAUAUGUACCCUCCCAUUCCCAGUGGAAAUACUCCAGUUCCCCCAAAUUGGCAAGUCAACCUUCAAGUGUCUCGCCUGCCACCAGCUCCUGCACUUGUUGGGAAAGGAGCAAAGCAAUGGCGUGAUGGGGAUUGGAUGUGUUCAAAUUGCAAUAAUCACAAUUAUGCCUCACGAGAACAAUGUAAUAGGUGCAAAAGCAUGAGAGAGGUUCCUGCUCAAACUGUGAGUGUUGCCUAGAGCUGUGAAACUCCGAGGGCAUGUUGUGCUUUGUUUUCUUGUGAUUUCCCAUCAAGGGAAUAAGACUGCAUAUAUUUUGCAGUGCUUUGUGUCAAAGCUUGAUGUUUGCGAUAUGUUUGUUUGUAAGUUUACUGUAGAUUCAAUUUUGGUUGCCUGCUGCUGUUGAGAAUGAUUUGCUGUAUUCAACGAACUAUGGAUUUUCUUGCC